AUGGUCCUACACAAAGGGCAACUGGAGGCCCAGCUGAGGGACGAGCAUGUCCUCAUCAAAACCGGCGUCCUUCGGGAAGAAAAUCCGCUAGACCUGUCCGAGGGCUUUCACGACUUUCUCCAAGCAUGCCGCCGAGGCGACCUCAAGAGGUGCCAAGAGCUGAUUUCCGCCGGUGUUAACAUCAACGGUAAAGAUAGCUUCGACUACACCCCCCUCAUCGUCGCGAGCUUAUGUGGUCAUUUUGACUUGGUCCGGCUUCUUCUCGAGUCUGGUGCACUGGCGGAGCGAAAUACUUUCCAAGGCGAGCGAUGCAUUUAUAAUGCCCUGAAUAAUCGAAUCCGCAACCUGCUGCUCGAGUAUGACUAUUCAAAAUCCACAGACCCCCUCCAGCCCUGGGCAUCUCACAUCACGUCUCUCCUCUCCAAAGAUGUGCCCAAGACAGCCGACAUUGGCCUCAUCGCCGCCUCCGAGUCUUUUCAGCUACACAAGUUCAUACUCGCUUCCAGAUCGCCUUAUUUCAAGAGAAAAUUGUCGGACGCCGCAGGGACGAGGACCUGGAACCUACCAGCGACCAUCCCCGCUGAUGCCUUUCGCCUCGUGCUGCGCUAUCUCUACCUCGGCGAUAUUCCGAAAGAUCUCGUCGACCCACGUAGCAUGGCGACCGAGGAGGAGGUUCUCACGAGCGCUGAUAAGAUCAGCAAGCAGCUUGAGAUUGAGAAACUCUGGGAGGCGCUGCUGACAACCGAUCGUCGACUGGCCCGCCAGCGGUACCAGGACGAGGUCAACCGGGCGCAGAAACAGAUUGACAGUUUUUACCGGGAAAACGUCCUCCCGCAUAGAAUGGUCAUCGACACAGAGAGGGUCAAUGAGAUCAAGUGGCGGCAUGACAAUGCCAUUUUUGCGGAUUGCCUGUUGCGCGCCGACGAACCCGACGAAGAGCAGACACCCGAGAAUGAGCCCGCCGACACGGACGCCGCGGUGAACAAUAGCAGCAUCCCAAUCGGCCCCUUCGCCACCUCCAAGCCGAAAAAGACUAGGCGGUCCGUCGUCUACCCGGUACACAAGGCCAUGCUGCUGCGCAGCCUCUAUUUCGAGACCAUGUUCUCGGGCGAGUUCAAGGAGGCUCAGGAGGAGCAGCACCUGCACAUGAUUACGAUUGACUGUGUGCCUGAAGUCCUCGAGAUCAUCCUUACUUUUCUCUACACCGAAAAGGCCGAAUGCCCGCUCGAACUUGCCCUGGAUCUUCUCUACGUAUCCGACAUGCUCUAUCUCGACAAGCUCAAGACCAAAGCGGCACAGGUCAUCAGCACAUUAGGCAGCGGCAACAGCAAUGUUCUCGUCGACCGCACACAUGGCACAGCCGAAGAGGAAGACACGGAACCCAUCAACAUCUACGACGUCAUACAUGCCGCGUGGGACCUGAGGGUGCAGCGGCUCGAGGAGUUCGCCGCUCGCUACCUGGCGUACCGGCUGGAAGACUACAUCGACGAAGCCGAAUUCGCCGACCUCAUCAAGGAGAGUGCCGAGCGGCUGAAGAACCGCGAAGAGACGGAUACGAUUGAGUUACUAGACGAUAUCCGCUACUAUCUGUCGGAGCGCUUCCGGCUGCGGUUCGAGGAUGCGGGCCUUGACGAGAUGAUGGACGAGCAAGGCGAGAUCAAUGCUGCUGCGGCUGCGUCGCUGGCGGAGAGCAGCCAGGAGGUGCAGCAAAAGGCCGAGGACGGCUUGGCUCUGCAAGAGAUCGACCUGAGAGAUGUCAAGCCAGCAGAACCUGUAGGGAAGGAAGAAGCAACCGAAGAAACAGGCGGCGUCAUGACGCUCGAUGGCGCAGUGGCCGAAGACGAGUUUGCCUCGGAUGCGAUCAACUACCAGAUCCUGCUUGGGAAGAUCGACAUCAUGCUAGAACGCCUUAAACUUGACGCAUAG